AUGGCUAUCGCAUUUGUGAGCGUUGGUGCAAUCACUUCACAUUGGUCGGUUCUUGUGGAAUCCGGAACCUACAUCGCCAUAUUAUCCUGCAGUCCGCAGGAUGGUGAGUCCGAGGGAAUUGUCUGCCAUUUCUCUUGGAAAGGAAGGUCAAUCUAUCCAGGGGAACCUGUUCCCUACAAGGAAAUUUGUCUGGAUCGAACCAUGCAAGCAGUCCUGCUUACCACUUUUGGCGGCAACACAGCUUUCUUCAUUUUCUUGCACUACGGACCGACUUUUAUCAAUAAGGCUUUGGGAUUUGACAUAAGCGAGACUGGAUUUGCCACUGCUCUACCAUAUGCACUAUGUGUGGUUCUGAAGUUCUUAGCAGGACCACUGUUCGACCACUCCACCUUCAUUUCCGAGAAGUAUCGAAUGAUCAUGUUCGCGUCACUCUCGCAAGGUGUUAUGGUGAUAUGCUUCUUGGUGCUUUCCCAGGUUGCUCGGCAGCACGUGCAUUUCGUCAUGGUGGGCGUCACCCUUGGUGGCUGCGCGAUCUGCUUCAUACUGCCUGUAGUCGUCGCUCUACUUUGCCCAAAUAACACACUGGACGAGUGGUCGCGUCUUUUCCUUGGCGUCGGCUUCUUCGUGCUGCUGUGCAACGUUCCAUUUCUGUUUCUGGCCAGCAGCGAACCGGCACCGUGGACGAAAUCUGCUGCAUUCCGAGAAGCGAGUGGAAAAAACUUAAUGGCACAAUCGAUGGGGUCGAUGGAGAAGUGCGACACCCGUAUUCAUCCCGAAUCACCCCUUCCGUGGUAG